AGAAUAUACGGCUCUACGUCAUUGGCCAGACUGGUUUGCCGACAGCCAAGAUGGCGGCCACGAUGUUGAGGUCGCUUACUAAACUAGGACGUCCUUCAACAAAAUUGAUAUUAAGCAAUAAUUUGCUGAGCCCUGGCUGCACUGUCCUGCAAAACAGGCAGAAACAAUGGCAGCCAGAUGUGGAGUGGACAGAGCAGACUGCUGGGGCAGUGAUGUACCCCACUGCCAUGACUGAGAAAUGGUCUCCACCCCCCUGGAAUGACAAAGAUCCUCCUGCAGAGAAGGAUGUGUCCAACCUGACCAUCAACUUUGGUCCCCAGCAUCCUGCCGCUCACGGUGUGUUGCGUCUAGUCCUGGAGCUCAGCGGAGAGUCUGUCAAGAAAUGUGAUCCUCACAUUGGCCUGCUUCACCGUGGCACAGAGAAACUCAUUGAAUACAAGACCUACCUGCAGGCUCUGCCCUACUUUGACCGUCUGGACUAUGUUUCCAUGAUGUGUAACGAACAGGCCUACUCUUUGGCUGUGGAGAAGCUGCUCAACAUCAAAGCUCCACCGCGUGCAGAGUGGAUUAGAGUUCUGUAUGGGGAGAUGACUCGCAUCCUUAACCACAUCAUGGCCAUCACCACACACGCACUUGACAUUGGCGCCAUGACCCCCUUCUUCUGGAUGUUUGAGGAGAGAGAGAAGAUGUUUGAGUUUUAUGAACGAGUGUCUGGGGCCAGAAUGCACGCUGCAUACGUCAGACCUGGUGGUGUUCAUCAGGAUAUGCCCCUUGGCUUGAUGGAUGACAUCUAUUUGUGGUGCAAGAAUUUCUCCAUUAGAAUCGAUGAAGUAGAAGAGAUGUUGACCAACAAUCGUAUCUGGAAGAAUCGUACUCUUGACAUCGGGGUGGUCACUGCUGAGGAAGCCCUCAACUAUGGCUUCAGUGGAGUGAUGCUGCGUGGGUCAGGCAUCAAGUGGGACCUGAGAAAGUCUCAGCCUUACGACAAGUAUGACGAAGUGGAGUUUGACGUUCCUAUUGGAAUCCGGGGAGACUGCUAUGACAGAUAUCUGUGCAGAGUGGAGGAGAUGAGGCAGUCCCUGAGGAUCAUGCACCAGGCGCUCAACAAGAUGCCAGAAGGAGAGAUUAAGGUGGAUGACGCCAAGGUCGCCCCACCAAAAAGGUCUGAGAUGAAGACCUCCAUGGAGUCUCUGAUCCACCACUUUAAACUGUACACAGAGGGCUACCAGGUCCCCCCAGGAGCCACAUACACAGCUGUGGAGGCACCCAAGGGAGAGUUUGGUGUUUAUUUGGUAUCAGACGGCUCCAGCAGACCCUAUCGCUGCAAGAUCAAAGCUCCUGGAUUCGCUCACUUGGCUGGUCUGGAUAAAAUGGCCAAAGGACACAUGCUAGCUGAUGUGGUGGCCAUUAUUGGUACACAGGACAUAGUGUUUGGUGAGGUUGACCGUUAAUGUGAACGUUCCAGGAAGAGCAGAAUUCAUUCGUUCCACUCCACAUCUGUUGGUCAUAUUCUCUUCCUGUUCGCUGUAGUGAGGCUUUGACAGAAAACUCUGCUUAUAAUCAAUGAUGUACAAUGUCCAAAUAAACCUAAUAAAUAUUUUAUGACUGAACAGA